CUCUUUCUUCCUUCUUCUUCUUAACCCUGUAACAUGAAACUUUUAGAAGGGCUUUUGCCCAUCAUUCCAGAGAAGGAAGGAUUACGUCCCAUUACUUUUAAAAAUAAGGCGUCUAUCCAAGCACAAUUAAAUGAAGAAGCACGAUUAGAGCGAUUAGCUAGAAUGUCAAUCAACAAGGAUCCCACACAACUUGUUUUGGAACCCAUCGCCCAUAGUCUUUUCGAUGUAUUUGAUCUUGGUACUGAAAAAGACUCUACUGUAGAGUCCUCGGCUCCAGAUAUUCUAAAGUUGAUACCCUUGAAUGGUUUAUCAGUCAUGAGAGAUACAGAUACUUUAGAUAAAAAUCGCGUCCUAGCUCAGCUAGAUAUCAAGGCAUAUCAAGAGAGAAGAAAAGCACAGGCAGCAUCAUCAUCUGUAAACAUCAUCAGUAUACCGGAGGAAACUAUAUAUGUUGACGAGGAUGGAGAUAUCAACAUGGACAGCCAUCCUUCAGAGGAAUACUUACCCAAUACCCAAGAUGUAAAUCAAAUGAUCGAGUCGAUACUAGGUCCUGAUUCCGCUAUGGAAGGUGUUGUUCAAACAGCUGAGAACUCUGUAGCUCUCUCUCAACCAGAAGCUAUUUUACCCCAGCCUAACCCACCAGCUGCAGCUGUUACUACUCAUAGUACAUUAACCCAAAGGGAACCCGUAGUAGAUAUAGCUGUCCAUUCUGAUAAAAUAAUCUCAUCUAGUGUACCAAUACAACCACCAGCGGUGACUCCAACUGAACCCACCAUAUCAGCACAACCUACCACAUCUACACAACCUACACCUCAAGAACAGUUUGCAGCACAAGCACAACCUUUGUCACCAGUACAAACUACACCAUCAGUAACUCCCACAUCACCAGUACAAUCGACAGUACCAGUAGAAUCUGGAGCCCCCGUACAAGCCGCAGCACCAGUAUCAGCGCAGCCAAGUGCCGUUGUUGAGACUGAAGCGGCCGAGGUUACUGUGCCCGAGACCACUACAGUCGAACAGUCACAAGACGAAGAUAUGACAGAAAAUAGCUCCGCAUUCAGAUGGUUUACUGACGACACUAUCACCACCGAGGAUCUGACAAGCGACGAAAAGGUCUACGCAUACGAAAGAGAAAUGAUCCCUAUAUUUGCUACACUAAACCAACAAGAUCAAUGUGAAAAGGUGACGCGUGCUUCACAAACGGCAAUGGGUAGCUUAAACUUUGACAAACCCAUCAGUGUAUUGAAUUUUUCAUCCAAUUUGGAUUUGACAGUAGAGAAAUUAUGGAACCAGUCAGGAAAGCUCAUGUUUUUGAAGAGUUUAUUAAAAGGCUUAUUAGGUAAGGAUGUGAUUAUAUUGUUGGUUGCUCAUGAUUUGGGAGAAGAAGAAGCGCUAGUAAAUUUGUUUGGUGAGAAUCUCAAAUUGGAUUGCGUGCGUAUGAAUUAUCUAUUGGAUGAUGAUUGGAACGGUGAAUAUGGUGUGUUUGUAAAGACAAUGUUGAAAGUAGAUCAGACAAAGGAAACAGCGAAAAGAGGAAACGAUUUCUCUCGUUCUGCCGAUCUCAUUAUUUGCAUGGACAUUCGAGUGAAUCGAAACCAUGAACUAUUUAGCAAGGUUACCAGAAGAAAUAACGAUAGCGCGAUACCUCCACCCGUUGCAUGGUUGGUCACAUUGGGGUCUGUAGAAGAAAGGGUAUUCGAGCACUUGAAAAAAAAUAAUACUCAAUACUCUGGUUCCAAAACUCCCGAUCUCAAAGAAUUAUUACGUAUGUCUGAUGAUUGGCCAGUGGAUGAAGCAAAAAGUACAGCUGAAUUGAACACGAUGGUAGCCGAAAAUGUUCAAGCUUGGUUACUGUCUUCAGGUAAGGAUGUAGGCUCAUACCAAUACCGAUCUACAGUGCACUUGCCAAAAUCAAUUCAUUAUGCCAAUCUCAAAUCUACUGUUGCCGUUACCCAAACCACGACCACCAGCACAGAAGAAGAAACAGUAACUUCCGAUAUGGACAUUGCGUCCGAUUCGGAAGAAGCCGUAGAAGAGGGACCUGUGCGUGAAGUAUCACAGAACUUAAGUAAAUACAUUAACGAGAUCUUAUUCCCGUCAUUCGAUACCAAAAGGGGACAUUUGUCAAAACCCAAUACAUCUGCUGUCAAACUAUCAGGUAAAAAUGUCAUUUUCAUUUUAAAGACCAACAUUUUUAUUAAUAGGAGGGGUUAAAAAAAACAAAUAUAUUAUAGCUGAGGAGGACUUGAUCAUAAAGGCUUUACCGCAGAAUAUAUACUCGGAAUAUUGUACUGAAAUCAACAAACUUAAGCGUGAAUAUGAAGUGGCAUUUCAAGGCCUUCAACAUAAAUUUCGAGACAGAGCGGUUGCUGCCAUACAAAAUAGCAGUGUACCAGAAUAAAGAAAUAAAGUAAUGUUUUUUUUUAAAAAAAAAAUGUCCUUAUAUAAAC